UAGUAGUACCGCAGCGCUGAUCGUGGGUCGACCGGCCACGGAUGUUUAUUUUCUCGGGAAAAAUUAGAGGAAACGUUGCAAAAUAUUGGAAAAAACUGAAGGAUUUCUUCCAUCACAGUGCAAUUUCUUAUGCGGUAAUCAUGCCGGACACUAUCACUGUCGCCGAGUUCUUAGCGGAGACCACAGAUGACAUCAGUUCGCCGACGACGUCGAAUUUUGUGGCUCGGAUGGGGGCUUGCCGAAAUGUCGUUUCCGCGUUGGAGGAGACCCUUGACUCAGACAGGAGUGGGCUAAAUAAGAUGAGAAAAAGUAUAAAGGCAAUAUACAAUACAGGAAAUACAUAUGUAGGAAACCUGCUGUCUUUCUCAGAGAAUUUAGAGAAGCUAGGAUCCAAUUCCCUCACCCGGGAGGAGCCGGACCUGGGAGCUGCUUUCCUCAAGUUUUCUGUCGUCACCAAAGAGCUCGCAGCACUCCUCAAGAAUCUUGUCCAGAAUAUCAAUAAUAUCAUCAUGUUCCCAUUGGAUUCACUCUUGAAAGGAGAUUUAAAGGGGCAGAAAGGUGACCUCAAAAAACCUUUUGAGAAGGCUUGGAAAGACUAUGAAUCAAAGUACUCAAAAAUUGAAAGGGAGAAGAAACAGCAAGCUCGAGAUGCUGGUCUCAUCAGACAAGUUGUGUCUGGGCCAGAGGUUGCAGAGGAGAUGGAGAAGGAAAGGAGAAUGUUUCAGCUACAAAUGUGUGAGUACUUAUUCAAAGUUAAUGAGAUCAAGGCAAAGAAAGGAGCUGAGCUUGUACAGCAUCUAGUGGAGUACUACAGAGCAGAAAAUAACUACUUUAGAGAUGGUUUGAAGACGGUGGAGCAUUUCCAGUCAUACAUCGAUGAGCUCUCUUCACAUGUCUCUCAAAUCAAAGCACGUCAAGAUGAAGAGAGAAAAAAGCUUUUCGAGCUCAAACUCACUCUCAAGAAUAGCUUGAAUUUAGAAAAAGAGACCCCACCAGAGAAGCAAGGAUACAGCUUACAUCAGCUGGAGACCAACAAUGCUGUUGGAACAGAGAAGAGCGGUUACCUCCAUAAACGCACAGAAGGACUGCGCAAGGUGUAUCAGAAGCGAAAGUGUGAUGUCUGCGAUGGCUACCUCCAUAUAUCACAUUCCACGCCGAGCCGUGCCCCAGCGAAGCUCAACCUUCUGACCUGCCAGGUCAAACCAUCUCCAGAAGAGUCCAGCCGCAAGUACUUUGACCUUGUUGCGCAGGAUAGAACAUACCACUUUAUGGCUGAAACAGAGGAUGAAGCAGAAGAGUGGAUAUCUGUUCUUAACAACAGUAAGAAGUUUGCCCUAGAAGCCGUCUUCAACGAAGGGUCUUCCCCUUCAGAGCUCACCAAUAGAGGGCUUCAGGAUCUCACACAGAGUAUUGUUCAAGAGGUCAAGAGGUUACCUGGUAACAACGUUUGUUGUGAUUGCACUGCAGCAGAUCCACAGUGGUUGUCUACUAACCUAGGUAUCCUAACGUGUAUAGAAUGUUCAGGUGUACAUAGAGAGAUGGGUGUCCACAUAUCUAGAGUACAGUCAUUAGAACUUGAUAGGCUUAGCACGGCACAACUACUGCUUGCAAUAACUGUAGGGAAUGAAGAUUUUAAUGAGGUUUAUGAAGCCAAAUUAGAAGGGAACAAACCCACUCAUACCAGCUCCAUGGAUGCAAGGAAAGAGUUCAUAAGAGCAAAGUAUGAGAAGAAGAAAUUUGUUCUGAAGACUGCUGCACAGCCCAGUCAGCUGUUGUUUGACCUUCGGCAGGCUGUUCUUCUCUCUGAGAUCAUACAGGUUUUAAGGGUCUUUGCGGAAGGUGUGGAUCUUGUUGCUCCACUUCCAAAUACGGCUGGUAAUAAGACUGCCUUACAUCUAGCAGUCGAGCAGCAGGAUGAUGUCAAUCUCCACAUAGUAGAUUUCAUCAUUCAGAACACGACUGUGAUUGACCAGCAGAUGACCGAUGGUAACACCCCUCUUCACCUGGCUGCUAAGUAUGACAAGGUGGAGUGUGUAAAGUUACUGCUACGAGGAAGUGCAAAUAUAGAAAUAUUAAAUAAAGCAAAGGAGUCGGCCUUAGACAUUGCGAUAAAUAAUGGCAACACCCAAUGUGAGGACCUACUACGUGCUGCUACAUCAGGCAAGGUCACACAGUGUGAACAUGUGGAGUUCUGCUGGGGCAUGAUGGGUAAUGAGGAUGGCGUAGACUUCAGUGACGACGAUCUGGAUGAUCGGGAGAAGAAGCCGUUACAGAGUCCAAGAAGACCCAAUAGCAGACCGCAAACGUUGCCAAAUUCACCUGUUAGCUCAAUGUCAAAGUCAUCAAGAGAUCGCUUUUCAGACAUGCUGAUGGCUAAUGUAAACAAAGGAGACCAAAGCUCGACAGAUAAACUCAGAAUGCCGCCCCCUCCAGUCCCACCUAGGAGAAGAAGCCAUAGGAGAGGCAGGAGAGCGGCGAGUGUCAAGAAAAAAGCGCCCCCUCCCCCUAUGGAUUUAGGCCACAAGAGAACUUCGUCCGAUCCUCAUGCUUUCAAUAGCACGCCCCCUAAGCCACCUGAAAGGAUCACAUCUAUACGUGACCAGGCUAAAUCUUCAGAUUCCUCUUCCUCUUCAUCAUCUUCCGCUCCGCCUCCGAUUCCAAAGUCAAAUAGUCAGGUUGAGCAGAUGAAACAAUUCCUUGCCUGGGAAAAUAGACGAGCUUCAUACUCCCACUCCUACGGCCGCUGCUCAAGACCAGAGUUAUUACCACGGCCACCGAGUGUUGACAGCCCUCCAGCAAUUCCACCAAAGAAAUUCCAGACAACUGACAGCAAUGGGACAUUGGGUGCAAGUAGCAGACCCAGCUCCCAGGCCAGCUUCCAUUCUAAUAGUAGACCAAACAGUCAGCAAGAUCUACCGACCACACCCAGUAGUAGGUCACAGAGUCGUCAUGGUAGUUCUACCGACGAUGCAUCCAGUAGUAAGAGUGGUAGUAGCGGUCCACCAACUCCAGCCCCAAGGGUUCCAAAGACGAGACCGAAGAGAGUGCGGGCGCUGUAUGAUUGUCAAGCCGAUUAUCAAGAUGAACUCACGUUUGAAGAAGGCGAGACUAUAGUAGUGACAGGGGAGGCUGAUGCAGAGUGGUGGAUCGGAGAGAUAGAAGGCAAACCAUCACGGAGAGGGGUGUUUCCUGUGUGCUUUGUUCAUGUUCUUGAAUGACGAAUGCUUGCCACUUCCAGUCCCAUGCACUCCAAUCUGCGUAGUCUUCUUCCUUCACAUUGGUCCCACCCACUACAUUUGAUGUCAUAUAUUGCAUAGUAUACAUACAGAAUUACCUGAACUCGGUAGACUAAUUUAAUAUGCAUUCAAUGUGGAAGAGAGUAAGUUUCAAAAUUUAAUCUUGUCACAACACAACUCUCAAAUUGUGUAUUUUCCUAGAUCUACAUGUAGUGGAGAAUCUUUGACUGUCAUGAAUGAGUGCUAGAAACUUGAAUCAGUCUAGAAUUUGAAUCAGUAAUAUUUGUAUACACAUUAUAUUUUUGGACUAGAAAAUAUCUUUCACACGGAGUUGACUGUAGUGACUUUUUUUCAUAUUUGGGAAAUGUGUUCCAACCAAAUCUUUCACCAGUACCAAAAAUAUGACAUUCUAUUCUAUGUUGUCUUUUUUUUAAGAAUCGCAAUCAUGUAGUUUUAUUUCUAUUAGGCAACUAGUCCCUCUUAUCCAUAAUCGUGUUUGAACUAAUGUGUUAUAUGUAGAAUUCAUCAAGUUGGACUUUCAAACUGCUCUUUGAGUGAUGACAGGAAUUUGUUUGUUAGUAUAUAUGUUUAAUAUUUGGGUCUCAUCCCUUUAUUAAGAAAUCAUGAGAUUGGCCAUAUUGAUAAUGAUUGUAAUAUAAUAUCUCCAAUAUUUGUGUCUCAUGAGUCUUUUGAUGCCGAUGCCAUCAGUUUUUCAUGUUUGAAAUCAAAACAAUAUUGUCUUUAUUUCUCUUGAUAAAUGGUAACAAUCUAUUUCUUUUAAAAUCCACUCCAUUUUCCAUGAAAAUGAAAGGAAUGCCUUUAAUUGGGGGAAAAACUGUCAUAAUAAUAGUAAUAGUAAUGAUGAUAGCACUAAUAAUAACAAAGAUGGAAAUAAGGAUACUUAUAGAAUUAUGAUAUUGGUAAUGAUUUUAAUGAUAAUAUUCAUUUUGUUAAUGAUAAUGAUUAUGAUAAAGAUGCAUGUGUCAUGUGUUUUUACCCCAUACCAGCUUAGUAUUUGCUUCAGAUAUACUCAACAUGUGAGCCUUGAAAUCAAGCUUUAUUGCACUUCCCGCUGGUUGGUAUUCUGUAGUGCCAGGUUAUAUGUGAACAAAUAUUGUGGUUCUGUGCAUUGGUAUACAGAAAAGCUCAAUUAAAUUUUGCUUUCCAGAUGAAGAAUUUUAAAAACAAUCUACAUGAAAAAGUAUCAGACAAAAUAUUUGAAACUGAAUACUAGAAGUUUAGUUCACAUUUUUGUGAUUUAUUUGCCUGAAAUUUUGCUGCAAAACUUUUAACAUGCAAUCAGAAUGUAUAACCACAGGUUGAAAGCUAUGCCAAAGCAAUUAUUGAAAAUUGGCCCAAUGUUUGCUCUAGACCCUUCGGUUUCCUCGGUUUCAGUAAGUAAUAAUUUGAAAAUUGUUUUGAAAUUUAGAAUUUAUGAUUUGUAAAAAAAAAUCAGUAUUCAAACUAUUUUUUUGAUACCAACACAUGUAAUCUCAACUCGAUUCACCCAUGAUGACAUCAUAGAAGUCAGGCCAGUAUAAAAGAAGAUUAAACGCCCAUUUUAAAGGCAAGCAAAUUUGAAAAAAAAAAUCAGCUGAAAUCCAGUAAAAAUACAUGAUACUUGUUUCCUCCUUGUUCUUGCCUGUGUUCUGUUGUUCAAGCUUCCUCUAUGGUCUUUAUGAAAGAAAGAUUGAAUUCUUUAUAACAGAUUUUCAUUGUGUAAGCUGCAAUAUGAGAAAGUUAGUCAUUGGAGACGUCUAUGAAUGACAACUUAUGAUUAAUACAUAUGCCAACUGUACAAGUUACGUGUCAUGGGUCACGUACAUGUAUAUGUGGAGGAUAUUUUCUGUUAGCAUUAGGUAAAGUGCAUUUAUGUGUGGGGGGGGGGUCACGGUCUAGUGGUCAUGACUCUCAUCUUUCAAUCUGAGGGGUGUCGGUUCGAUUUGCAGCCAUGGCAAGUAUUCUUUCAGCAAGAAAUCUACCGAAAUUGUGCUGCACUCAAACCCAGGUGAGAUGAAUGGGUACCCUGUAGGAAAGAUUUCCUCUAAUGCUUGAGUGCCUGUAGCCAGCACAGUUAAAUGUCAAGUCCACCUCAAAAAAAUCUUGAUUUGAAUCAAUAGAGAAAAAUCAGACAAGCACAAAGCUGA